AUCAUGGGACUCACACAGGACCCCGACUUCACAAAGCUGCAGGACUGGUACACAGCCCACGCCCUGAACCUCAACAUAAGGCAUAUGUUUGAGACUGACAAGGAGAGAUUCAACAAGCUCAACCUGAGAUUGAAAACGGAGGAUGGGGACAUUCUUCUGGAUUACUCCAAGAAUCUCAUCACUGAUGAUGUCAUGAAGAUGCUGGUUGAUCUGGCCAAGUCGAGAGGCAUUGAAGCUGCCAGGGAGAAGAUGUUCGCUGGAGAGAAGAUCAACUUCACUGAGGGCCGCGCCGUGCUCCACGUGGCUCUAAGGAACCGCUCCAACACCCCCGUCAUGGUGGAUGGCAAGGACGUGAUGCCAGACGUCAACCGAGUUCUCGAGAAGAUGAAGGGCUUCUGUCAUAGAGUUCGCAGCGGCGAGUGGAAGGGCUUCACGGGAAAGGCCAUGACCGACGUCGUCAAUGUCGGCAUCGGAGGAUCUGACCUUGGCCCGCUGAUGGUGACCGAGGCCCUGAAACCGUACUCGAAGGGUGGGCCGCGUGUGUGGUUUGUGUCAAAUAUUGAUGGCACGCACAUCGCCAAAACCCUGGCACAGCUAAAUGCUGAGACAACCCUCUUCAUCAUCGCAUCCAAGACAUUCACCACCCAAGAGACCAUAACCAACGCUGAGUCAGCGAAAGCAUGGUUCCUUGAACAUGCCAAAGAUGAAACUGCCGUUGCCAAGCACUUUGUGGCCCUUUCCACAAACGGACCCAAAGUGAAGGACUUCGGCAUCGACACAGAGAACAUGUUUGAGUUCUGGGAUUGGGUUGGUGGUCGUUUCUCCUUGUGGUCUGCUAUUGGAAUGGCCAUUGCCCUGCACAUUGGAUACGACAACUAUGAAAAGCUUCUUUCAGGAGCUCAUUGGAUGGACAACCACUUCCGCACCGCUCCUCUGGAUAAGAACGCUCCCGUCCUGCUGGCUCUUCUGGGCGUCUGGUACGUCAACUUCUUCCACGCGGAGACCCACGCCAUGCUGCCCUACGACCAGUACAUGCACCGCUUCACUGCCUACUUCCAACAGGGUGACAUGGAGUCAAAUGGAAAGUACAUCACUAAAGACGGAGCGCGUGUCAACUACCACACUGGGCCGAUAGUGUGGGGAGAGCCAGGAACCAAUGGACAGCAUGCCUUCUACCAGCUCAUCCAUCAAGGAACACGCAUGGUGCCAUGUGACUUCCUGAUCCCAGCUCAGUCACAGCAUCCCAUCAGAGACAACCUGCACCACAAGAUCCUGAUGGCCAACUUCCUGGCCCAGACAGAAGCUCUGAUGAAGGGUAAGACCACAGAGGAGGCCAAGAAGGAGCUGGAGGCCAGCGGCCUGAGUGGAGAGGCUCUGGAGAAAAUCCUGCCUCACAAAGUAUUCCAAGGAAACAGGCCAACCAACUCAAUCAUCUUCAAGAAACUGAGCCCGUACACACUUGGAGCACUUAUAGCAAUGUAUGAGCACAAGAUCUUCAUUCAGGGUGUCAUGUGGGAGAUCAACAGCUUUGACCAGUGGGGGGUGGAACUGGGCAAACAGCUCGCCAAGAAGAUCGAGGCUGAGCUCAAGGACAGCGCAGAGGUCCACUCCCACGACUCCUCCACCAACGGCCUCAUCAACUUCCUAAAGAGUAACUUUGCCUGA